UCAGAAUUGUCUUCCAAAUUAAACAAGGUUGCUGAACUUUUUUGGCAAUUUUGGCAAUUUGCUGAUUUUAUUUGCUACAUGUUAGUCUGUAACAUGAAGCAAUAAGGUACGAGAGGCUGCGAAUCGGGCUUAACAACACACUUGAACGCGUACUUUAUUGACGAUAAACUGCCUCUCGUACCUUAUUGCUUAAGUGAAUGUCACUUUCUUGUGGACUUUAUUGAAUUUGCCAUGUUUCAUGAGGCACAUGGCUAAUCCAAUGUCCUUAUGACAUCAUAAUUGAUUCCAUGACAACAGCAUACCAUUCUACGAAAUUUUACAUAUAUGCCUUUAACAAGCUCACUGCAGAUCAUUGCUACAUAACUUUUUGAAGGAGCCUAUUUCCAGUCAAUUGUUUUAUGAACUCACUAAAUUAUUAUUAUUCAACGAUAGCCUGCAAAUCAAUCCACUCUCCCACCUCGAAAUGAGUGAGUAUAUUAAUAUAAUAAUUAUUAUUAACUGCUGUAGUAUUUUUCAAAUGCCUUCAAAUAUUGUACAACAUCAUCACAUGUCACCACCAUCUGAUUUACACUCUGCCAUGUCACAUUUAGUAUUUAUACAUUAUUUGUAAACACUAAGCACAAUGUUUACACAUCAUAUAAUAAAAAUUACUUGAGAACCACAAAAACAUGAUCACUUCACAAUGAAUGUCAAGUCUGUCAUUGCCCUGUCACCACCAUCAGACAAAAAUAUGAAUUAUUUUGUGGUUUAGGUGUCUGAUAGUGUUGAAACAAAGUGUCACGGUAAAAAACAUUUUGAUAAAAAGGGAAAGGUUGGGAGGUUGUGUCAAAGUGUAGCUAAGGAGCUUAGUAGAUGUUAAAUACUUCUAAUUUGUCUGAGCAAAGGGUUUUAUUUAAAUAAAUAUUGCCCCCUGUUGAUUCCCACUUCUAAUGUCAGGCUCUGAACAAGUAUAUCCUAUGGACGUGGAGUGUAGGCUACCUAUAUGAUUGUUUAAUUUUUUACAAUAUUAUCUAACCUGAUGUGAAUGUCACUUUCUUUCUGAAUUUAUUGAAUUUGCCAUGUUUCAAGAGGCACACGGUUAAUCCUAUGUCCUUAUGACAUCAUAAUUGAUUCCAUGACAACAGCAUACCAUUCUACAAAACUACAUGUGUACACCAUUUUACAAGGUCACUGCAGGGCAAUGCUACAUUGCUUUAAAAACUAUUAUAGUCAAAUGGUUAAUGAACUCAAUAGAUAGUAAUUAUAUCACAAUAACGUGCUUAUCAAUGCACUCCCACCUUGACACAUGAGUGAGUAUGACGAUAUUAAGUAUUUUUUUUAAAUGCCUUAGAAUAUUGCAGAACACAACACGUUCAAUUAAAUGACUAUAGCUACAUAAUGAUGCAUACAGUAACAACAUAGUUAAAGAUGAUAGUUAAGGUAGCUAGAUAUAAACUAUACAAUAAUAAAGACAGAAAAAAUAGAUAGAUGGAUAGACAAAAAUAUUCAUUAUACAUGAAUGUGUGUGUGUGUACUCUAGGAUCGUUUGAGGAGAAGUACGUGGAACUGAGCUGUCUUGGCCAAGGUGGCUUCGGCUCAGUCUACGCAGGACUCCGUAUAGAUGACAAUCUGCCUGUGGCAGUCAAGCAUGUUCCCAUUGAUAAGGUGAUAAAUACACCUGUGACCCUGCGUGGGAAGCUCCGCCAGCUCCCCCUGGAGGUGGUGCUCCUACUGAUUGUAGGACAGGGUGGGGCAGACAUGGCUGAGAAGGCCAGGGGUGAGGAGAUCAUUCUGAGGCAGCUGGUUGAGGCCAUGGUCAAUUUUCACUCUUGGGGUGUCCUCCACCGUGAUAUUAAGCCAGAGAACCUUCUGGUGGAGACCGGUUCUGCAGUUCCACGGAUUAGGGUUCUGGACUUUGGCUGUGGCUGCAUUAUCCAAGAAGCACCCUACACCAAGUUCCUUGGGACCAAAAUGUACAUCCCUCCUGAAUGGUACCUCCAUGGUUCCUACCAGGCGGUUCCAUCCGCUGUCUGGCAGCUGGGGGUACUGUUAUAUAACGUGCUGUCUGGGAUAUUCCCCUUUUGCACACCCGACCAGGUCCUUUAUUGUGAUCCUAUCCCUACCAUGGAUGGGUUUUCCAGCCAAUGCAAGAACCUGCUGAAAUUGUGUUUGGCAAAGUGCCCCAAAGACCGGCCUACUCUAGAGGAAGUCCUUCUCCACCCUUGGCUGCGUCCAGAGGAGGAGAAGAACGCAGGGAGACAGAAAAAGAGAAAGAGAAAGGAAAGAAGAGACGCACAGAGCAGCAGAGGAGGGGAGAAAGAGGAAGAGAGUGCUGGAAGAGAGACAGGAUUCGGGGGAGUCUUCAACGGCACUGUCCCUGAGGACGCCUCAUAUUCGUCCUCCCUCUCCCUGUCCCAGGGCAACACCAAGAGGUGUAGGGUAGAUACCAGGAGCCCUGAGGUGUCCCCUAAAAAGACCACUGCCACAACAAUGACCCCACAUGGUACACAUGGAAGAGUGGGAUGCGGCCAAGACAAGGACCCAGAGGAGAAGCAGGGCUACAUGGAAAGGGAGACAGAACUUGACAGGGCCCGUGCUGUGUCCACCAUCCCAGAAAUGAGCAAUACAGCACUGCUGCCCAGAGGCCCUCUGCCUGUGCUGCCCAGAGGCGUGGUGCCCGUGCUGCCCAGAGGCCUGGUACCCGUGCUGCCCAGCACCGAGCCCUCUGCUCCCCCUGAGCCCCCAGCAGAGUCCUGGUCAACUCUAGCACCCCCAGAGCUCCCUGCAUGUAAGAACCCCGGCCUUGGUCACCACCACCGACCCCCUGAGCACCUCUGCACAUCCAGACGGCCUCCAGGUCUGCCUCCAGAGCUGCCCCGGCUUUUCACCCUGCCUCCUGGCCGGCCUCCACAACUGCCCUGGCCUUCGUCCCUGCCCCCCGGUCGUCCUCCUGACCUCCCCACUGUCCCUUUCUCCCCCCGUCGC